AUGACGACGAACUGCUUGGCCGACAACGCCUUCAACCGCACGCUGCGCCUUGCGGAUGGGCGCAUUGUGAGCUACGCCGACGUCGGCGCGCAAGACGGUCUGCCUGUGCUGCUCUUCCUGGGCAUGCACGGCCAUCGCCACGCGACCGUGCUCGUCGAGGCCGUCGCCCGCCAGCGCGGCCUUCGCCUUUCGACGCCCGAGCCGAUCGCCUUCACGCGCAUUGUCCAAGCACUUGUGGACGAGCUGCAAAUCGGUCGCUUUGGCGUCAUGGGGCAGUCGGCGGGUGCACUCUAUGCGAUGGCAGUGGCAUCGCAGAGCCAUUUGGCACCGCGCCUCGUGGCACCACUUGUCCUCCUUUCGCCGUGGGUCAGCCUUCGGAACUCGAGGACGUCCCGCGCUCUGCACGCAGCAUCCUACGCGCCUCGGCCUGUGCUCGCGGCCGCCGUCAAAAUCAUGGACGUCUCCAUGCAAUGGAGCGCUGCGUCGAGCGCGCGAGAUGAGAUGGCCCUUCUCGGCACGGGCGCGUUCAUGCCAUUUGGCGAGCUCCGGGCGCGCGCCGCCACCGAAGCGCACAACGCAUACGGCGACAUACUCUUGUGCCUCGAGAAGGACCCGCGCGGCGUCGGCUACGAUGUCCUCACGGACCUGCGCGUCCCGCUCCACGUUGUCCACGGCGCCGCGGACGGCAUGGUGCCCAUUGACGCCGCCGUCAGCUUUGUCGCGAGCGUCCAGGGCGCCACAAUCACGAUUGUGCCCGAGACGUCGCACGGCUUUACCGACUUUUACAAGACGGGCAUCGAGCCCGCGUUUGAUGCCUUUGCGCCAUCGACAAGCUGCAGUUAGAUAAGAAUUGUA